AUGACAAACCUGGACAAGGAGCAAGCGAAGACGGGCCGAGACGGGGGUAAAUACAACCAGAAACAGAUCGCCUACAGCAGCAUUCCAUUGGACACAGAUUACAGCUCACCGAAGAAAUCGAAUAAUACCGAAAUACUGAGCUCCGCAACAACCUUACCACUCCGUACAAGCUGCCUGCCAGAAACACUCAACCACCAGGGAGGCGAGAGCCGGCCAAUCCAGGCAGCCCAGUCGCUUGGCACUCGGCGGGGUCUCAGCCAUUCAUACCGCCCAACAGCCGCAAGAUUCAACAGAGUGUGCCUGACGUUUGUUCCGUCUGUGGCCAGCCAAUCCCACGCCCUGUCGCCAGCCUGUUUUAGGCAUGGCACCAGGUACCCGGGCUGCAAGGUUCAGCCAAAUUUAAAUUAUCAGGGGUAUGGACAAUACUUUACAGUACCGGGUGGGUUUGGUCAGUGCGGGACGAUUUGGUAUUGUACGGAGUAUUAA